AUACCAAUAGUGUUAAACAAAUACUCAACAUUGACUACCCUCUAUAAAUACAUCUCUUCCCUCUAGUCACCCUCACAUAACAAAUCACAAAAAGGGUGUCUAUAAGCAAAGACAUUUGUAUACAAGAGACGAAUGGGAAAGGGAAAGAGGCUAACAAAGACGCUACUCUUUGAGUGUUUGAUAAUUCUAAUAAUAGUGUGUGACAUGAUCAUUUUGCCUAGUUUUGGUUGUCCUACAGAUGGUAAUGGAUGCAGAAACUGCAUAGUAAAUCACAUAAAAAUCGACUGUCCAAAAUGCGCGCCUAUUAUGCGCUGCAUGGCCAAGUGCUUGUGGUGUGGAACGUCGCGUUCAAAAUGCAUAAAGAAGUGUGAUUGCAAAGGUACUUACCCGAGGCUUUCGGAUUGCAAGAAUUGUUUGUCACAAUGCAAAUGUAGCUGCAGCUCUGUGUAAAACAUGUCUAAUUUUUGCAUAUGUAAGUUCUCAGUUGUAUCAAGCCAUGUAGAGAAAUCAAGCUAAGGGAAAAGAAAUGGUUGUUUAGAGGGGCUAGUUUAUCAUGUUAUAUUCACUUUGAAAGAAACAUCAACUGCUAUGUAGAGAAGUGUUCCAACAAUAAGAUCUUAUUUUUACUUCAUUGAAA